AUGGACAUCCCCGUGCUGGCAUGGAUCCUGUUUGCGGUCAUUGUGGUGGCGGCCGGCGUCGUGGCCUUUGCCUUUGUCCGCUUCGUCUUCCACGCCCGCGAGCCAGAGAAGACGUUCACCUCUGUGGUGGCGGUGACUGCGCUUAUGUUUGCCCUGUUUACGGUUGUUCUAGUUCCUGUCGAUGUGUACAACGUGUCGUCAACGUCGGAUGAGCAUGGCAAUGCCCGUCUCUCGCCGGCGGACGUCUCGUCGCGCAUGACCUCGGUGAGGGACCUGUACCUCGUCCUCUACGGCGUCAUGCUGUUCUUCCUCUUCAUUGCCAUUCCCUUUGCCUACUUUUACUACGAGGAGGACCAUCCCGACAUCACUGUCAACGCCCGCGUCGCAUCUGCCUGCAAGUACUCCAUCUCGGUUCUGGUCAUUGUUGUCAUCCUUGUCGUCAUCGGCAUUGUGCUCUCGGGCGCAAAGCCCGACGUCAAGGACGACCAGGCCGAGGCGUACCUCAACCACCUGCUCGACUCGGAGACCAAGACCGAGGCUUCGAUCUCGUUUGCUAUUGCCUCGCUCACCGUCAUCGGCUUUAUGUGCGUCGUCACCUUUACCGGCUGUGGCUUUGGCGCCAUGCCCGUGGCCAUGAUCGCCGGCUCCAUCCACCUCGAGUCGGAGUCACGCGACGUCACCGAGUCGCUCCUCACCACCAAGGAGAAGGCCCGCGCCAUCCAGGCCAAGUAUAUUUCCGGCCGCCGCAUUUCCAAGAAGGACCAGAAGGCGCUCGACAUGCUCCGCCGCUCCGAGAAGCAGCUCACCCGCCGCUCGGCGCGGAUCCAGGCGACCCGCAACACUUGCUGGGCCAAGAUGACCCGCUUCCUCCGCCCGCUUCAGAUCCUCUUUGGUAUUGUCUUUCUCCUCCUCACCCUCUUCCUCACCAUCUCGCUCAUCAUUGGCGGCGUCGAUCGCCUCAAGCACUCGGUCUGCGGCUACAACUGCGGCUGGGUCCUCUCGCGUCCGCAGAUCUCCAACCCCUUCGACAUGCUCAUGGUCAAGCUUGCCACAGUCUUCCCGCUCGACUACGUCAUCCUGCUUGGCGUCUACCUCUUCACUUUCCUCGCCACCGCCGCCGGUCUUGUCCGCGUCAGCAUCCGCUGCUUCUGCUUCCUCAUGUACCGUGUCCGCAAGGCCGCCACCGUCCCCCAGGGUGUCCUACUCUCGGUUGUCAUCAUCUCGCUUGCCUUUAUGGCCGUCAACGUCAUGUUUGUCCAGCUCGCGCCGCAGUACGCCCUCUUUGGUUCGCAGGUCUACGCCCUGCCCGACGGCUCUACCAAGCCGUGCUCCAUCGAGGCGCCCAUCGAGGCCGGAUGCGUCAUGUCGCAGGUCGGUCGCUUCGUCACCCGCAUCUCCAUCAAGUUCCCGGUCCUCGGCACUGUGUUCUUUGUCGGCAACGCCGGCGUCAUCGUCAUGACUCUUGUCUCCAUGCUCAUCGCCGCACUUCGUGGUCGCGAGACCGCCACCGACUGGAACGGCUCUUCUGACUCGGACGACGACUACUGGUAGUGUGUGUUGUAAAGUCUUUACUUGUG